AUGGCUGUGGUUGCCGGCUCUUUCAGCGGUUCUGAUCGAGAACAGGCGCUGCGAGGAUAUAGCGAGCGGCUGGCAUUGCGCAUUGAGUUUGCCCGCGACAAAGCGUUGCAGAGCAAUCGGGAAUGGGGUGUUUUCAUAGACGAGGAGGGCGUCCGCUUUGCGGAGUUUGACGAAAUCAACGCCAUCUGGAACCCUCGCAGUGAAAAACCAUUCAACGCAGACCCCUACGAUCGUAACGUGGAAUUUGAUGUCUCGGUUGAAGAUCUGCCCGGCACCCUGCAGGCACCGGAAGACCCGGACGAAGACAUCCCGCAAAUUGUUUUAUUUUCCAGUGGAGAAACCACCCCUUUUGAAAUCACUAUUUUGCCUAUCGAAUGGGAAACUCGAGCAUGGCUGUUAGCCUCUGACGGUUUCACCCGUACGGUGCUACCUGAGGGGCGCGACAGCACACGUGUGUUCAUGGGUGGCAGGGACUGGGAAGUGCGCACAGCCAUCACGGCUACCGAUUCACCGGUCAUGCGUCGCGUUGAAGUCGACGUUUAUGAAUUUCUUGAAGGCGAGCGUCUUGGUCCAUUUGACCACAGCGUCGCCUUUGUCGGCCGUAACUGCACCCGGCUGAAUGACAUCCACCGCGCCAUGCAGAUCAUGCAAAGGGAUAUCAUGCAGCUGGUUGACCGUCCUAUACGUGAUCAGUACGGCGACCCACAACGCCCGCUGCUGAUCGGCACAGACGGCGUUAUUGAAUUCUCUCGCGGGGGCUGGCGCAAUCCACUGCAGCUACCUCGCGCUGAAGUCCAACGGGUCGGCUAUCUCAUGCAGGACAAUAAGCUGCUGCGGGGCUACUGGCCGGUACUUGAUCGCGCCCAGGAUACUGAGCCCGCGUACCAGACGCUGUUAACUGACAUAGAACAGCUGGAGUUUUUUGCCCUGGAUGCCAGCGGCAAUGAAUAUACGUUCUGGCCGGUUCCUGGCGCCAAUCCAAGUGAUCCAAACACCGCCUUAUCCGGCAUCCUGAUGCGCAUAGAAAUCCCACCAUUCGGUGUCAUUGAGCGCGUCUGGGAGCAGCGGGGGGUUGCCCUUGUCAGCGUGCUGCUUAUUGUCGCCAUUUUACUUGCGGUUGCCAGCCGUCUGCUUGCCAGUCACAACCUGGUAAUCAACGCCCAUCAGAACACAUUUGAACAGAACCAGGCGCUGCAAUACGCCCUGGGGGCUGAGACCCUGGCGCGCCAGGCGCUGUUUCAGGAUUUCAAUACAACCGGCAAAGACAUCGACCACAACGGCGAGAUAUGGGCCCAGCAGACCAUGCCCUUUGAACUGGACGAAGGCGGUUAUCUGGAAGCCCAGCUGAUCGACAGGCAGGGGUGUUUCAACCUCAACAGGCUGGCCGGAUCUGAGGCUGACGUCGCCGCCGAGCAACUCAAACGAAUGGCCCAGAAUCUGGGCAUCAAUCCGCAAAUCGCGGACGCCUGGAAAGACUGGAUAGAUACAGAUCUCGAAAUCAGCGGUUUUGGCGCUGAGGACUCUGAUUAUCUCAUCAGCCAACCCCCAUAUCGCACCCCGAAUCAACCCGUUGUAGAUGUCUCAGAACUGUAUCUGCUGCAGAAUGUCGAUCGUGAACAGCUGGCGCUGCUGCUGCCACACGUAUGCCUCCUGCCGGAAACGGAGUCAUCGUUGAAUAUCAACACCGUUAACGCUCAGAGCCUUGCAGCGCUGGAUGAGAGCUUUACCCUGAGUCAGAUUGAACCCAUUGUGGAGGCGGACCGCGCAUACCAGAACGUGGCCGAAUUUAUACAGGCGUUUGCGGAUUUUGCGCCGGCUGAGGCCCGUCUCAAGGUCACCAGCGAAUAUUUUCUGUUACAUGCUCAGGCGCAGGUGGGCAGCAGUUCAGUGACCCUGCAGAGCCUGUUGUUUCGCGACCCAAAUAGCGGUGUAGUUACGGUUCUAAGGCGAGACUUUGGUAAACUCUUUCGUUCAAAUCUGGACAUCGUCACCGAGGAGAUCUGA